AAGUUCGAUGUUGAGUCAGAAGCGUUCUGCAGCGUCCGUCUCCGCCGCCGACUGCUUCAACAUGUCUCUGGGCGCGGGGCCUCUGUGGUGGUCCGAUGCCCCUGGCGACGCGACCAGGGGACCACCAGCGGGAGGCACUCGGAACCUCCCUCUGUCGUCGCAACAGCAGCAACAGCCCGUUCGCUUGUCUUUUAGGACAGCGGGUAACGGUGGGGCCAAUUCCAGAAGCGUAGGUCAGCCAUGGGACGCAGUUCUUCGGGAAGGAGUACUUUAUGUCACACCUCCUCCUCAUUUGGUCGAAGGGAGCAAGGAGGCGUUUGUAGCUCUAUUGGAGGCAGCUGAAGAGAAGCUCAAAUGCAAGCACGUAGUUGUGGUGUUCAAAGCUGACAGAUCCGAUCGCCCGACCCUCGUGCGAACCUUCAUGUUCCUCGGCUUUGCAGUUUUGAGCCCCAAUUCGCCCCUAAUACCUCCCCAGCUUGCCCAGGGCAACAUCUGCAUGCUCUACAACAUCGACGAGUAAUCCACCCCCAGACCAGCCUCGGAUCUCCUUUCAUUGGUUAUUUAAAUAAGCAACCCACUUAGUUAGGUUAGGUUAGUGUAGUUUAGGGGACCCCCAAAGCAUUACCGCCAAUUUUUCUUUAUUCGCAACGAAAUAAACAGUGUUUAUCAUGUUAGAUGGCAUCACUAUUUACUAAAUCACAGGUUUUAACUGUUAGAGUAAGAUAAUUCAAAAUAUAUAUAAUAUAGGUCGCCUUUACUAAUAUAGAAUUUUUUUAGGUUAGAAUUUUAGACUCUAGAAGUAACAUUUUUUUAAAUAUAGAAUUAAGAUAAUAAUCAAGGAAAGGAGUAAAACAAAUUGUUUUAUGCGACGACAUAUAUAUUUAUCCCCUUAAAAUAUGGUCACAAAGUUAUGGUAAAUAAUUAAUCAAAAAAAGGAAAAAAAAAUAAAAAAUA